AUGCAGACGAUAAAAGUUGCUGAAGUGUUACAGGUGCACGAAGACUGUCCUCAAUUACGAUUGAAACCUACCGUGGUGGAGGAACUGAUGCCGGGCCCUGUACUAUGCGGCGAUUACUGUUACGACAAUGGUCGAACGUUUUACUGUAACUACGGCUGUUGUGGAAGUUACAGGGAUGAGUACUGCUGUGGUGUGUAUUCCUGGAUAAUUGCUGUGGCCGUAGUUGGUUCAGUUGCACUCAUCAGUUUUCUCGUCAUAGGAUAUUGUGUGUGGAAGAAGCAUAAUGCGAAAAAAGGACGUGUUAUAAAUACCACCUCACAAGGACAAAACAAUGUAACGCAUAUUCCACCUCCACAGCAGCCUCCAGCUUAUCAGCAUCAGCCUCCAGCUUUCCAGCCCCAGCAACAAGGAAUGUAUCCACCCCCACCCCCUGCAAACUAUGGAGCUAACCCAGCAUAUCCUCCAAAUCGUUAA